AAUGUCAUUUUGAUUUAUUCUAUUUUUAGUUUUUCCUGCUUAUUGGGAUGUUAAUUCUUUUGUUUUUUUUUUCUUCAUAUUAAUUAGUAUCUUUAUUACAUUGUAAUAAGAAUAAUAAUAUAAAAAUGUUAACUUACAGUAGGUUUGAUAGAAUUAUAAGUCUGUGGUGACGUUUUACUCGGGUACUUUCUGUUUAAAUUUUGUUUACCUCGAUGACGUAUUUAUAAUGCCAUCUCUAUUGGUAAAAAUGUGGUUUUUUCCUGAUCCUGAUUAAGUGAAAGCAGAAUCCUAAAAUGGCUUCGAAAGUUGACUUUCAAAAAGGUGAAAAUAAGUUGCGUGAUCUCGGCAUUGUAGUAGAAGAUAAUAUUGGGGAACUCCAAAUAGCUGAAAGAAGCGACAGUGAUUUCAGUGACGAUGAUGAUAAAGCUGUGGAGGUUAAAUCUACCAACAACCAUGCUGUUGAAAAGCUUUCAGACUUAAUACCAGGCAUAAUCACAUCUAAAACUCCUAUAGUACAUAACAGUAAUAAUAUUAGUAAUUCUGAAAAUGUUCAUAUUGGUGAUAAGACCAUUAUUCAUGGUUCUGUUAUUAUAAAACAAGUGAUAAAGAGGAAGGGUAUUGACAAUCAGUCUUACACAGAAACAGAAAAUGAAAACAAACCAAGUACAACAUUUCCAGCUAAAACAUUAUAUGAAGUUAAGCCUGACACAAUUUUUGAUGGAUCACCAUGGCACAAAUUGAUACUUUCAAUCAUAACCGCCAUCAUACUAGGUAUUGUGAUAUGUGCGCUAACAUUUAUUAUACUGAGCCACAGCCAGGACGACAGGUCCCACUCAGACGAUCCAGAAUCUUCUGUGAAAGAACCAAGCUAUACGAAGGUGGUGGGGAUAUUUUAUGAGAAUUUUCAAAUUAUAUUUACAAUCAUUGUGAUGCCAAUAACAAUAUUGUUAAUGUUAUAUUCACUACUAACAUGGCAAGUUUUGGAUGGUGAUAAGAAAACACGAAAAGGUCCCAGUUUCCAACAUUGUAUCUUAGAUUAUCCGCAGGGUGAUUUCAAUUCCAGCAUUGAAAAGUCUAAGAUUAAAGAUGAUCCAUUGUUAAUUGCACCUAAUCACCUUAGGAUAGUGUCGAGAACGGAUUGGCUUGCACAGCCUGUAGAAAGUGAAUUAUCUAAAAUAAAACAACCGGUACCAUGGGUAAUAAUUACGCAUACCGCAACGGAGGGUUGUCAUAGUCAAAGUCAAUGUGUGCUGCGCGUCAGACUGAUACAGAUGUUCCACAUCGAGUCUAAGAAUUGGGAUGACAUAGCGUAUAACUUUUUGGUGGCGGGCGAUGGGUCUGCGUACUACGGUCGUGGCUGGGAUUACAUAGGAGCUCACACACUCGGCUAUAAUAGAUACAGUAUAGGCAUUGCCUUCGUAGGCACAUUCAAUAGUGAAUCCCCACCGGAUAAACAAAUUGAAGCAUGCCAGAAAUUAAUAAAGCUGGGAGUGCAGAUGGGCAAGAUUAGAAAAGAUUAUAAGUUGUUCGCGCACAGACAGUUGGCGUCUACUCUUAGUCCUGGCGAUAAGUUGUACGACAUUAUUAAAGAGUGGCCGCAUUUUGUGAAGGAAGGCACAAAUAUUGCGGAUUUGACACCGAAAGAUUAUUGAGCUGUCAUGUUGAUUUUAUAUCGUCACAAAGUCAGUUUGUUCAUAGUGACAACUGGGUUUUGUCAAAUAUAAGGCCCGGUGCAUAUCUAAUGAUAGAUGCGUCACGUUCCGUCUGUCGCAGUUGGUCAGAACUAACAAAUAUAUGAUAUGACAUUCAGUUUUGCACACUCAACGUAUGAUCCGUAGCGUACUAACGCAUACUUCCGUGAUUCUUGACGGAUCUUUCAUCCGAUUUGCCCAAACGCUAAAUAUUCUUAAACGUAUGUAUGUUUUGUGUG